GAAGCGUUCUAACAGAAGGUGUCAGCUGCCAAGGGGGACUCCCCAGUCCUGGGCUGGUAUCAUGCGCCUGGCUCACUUGCUGCUCCCUCAUCGCCUGCAGCGAGUGGCAGCUCUUAGCUUUGCCUUGUGCGGCCAGGGGAGGCUGCUUUCUCCGCCCAUGCCCUUACAUCAAGCUGGGGUCUCCUUCAGGCAGGUCAGCUCCAUGCCAACAGUCACGAUGAAGGACAUCCUGAGCAAAUGUGUGCCCCCCCUACCCCCCUACGAGACCAAAGACAAGACCCCGCCUCCCCCUGAGCCGCAGAGCUUGCACUUUAUUCAGCACUACAAGAGCCUGGAUUUGGGCCAGAGGGCAGCCCUGCUGGGGGAGCUGGCGGCCAGCUAUGGGGUGGAUCACUCCCAGGUGGUGGAACUCAGCGGCAAACUGGUCCAGGAUCAGCAGACGAGGGACCUGGGCACCGUGCUGCAGGUGGAGGACCGGCUCAGGUACUACCUCACCCCCCAGUACAAAGUGCUCUUCCUCCAUGUCAGCAAGCUGGAGGGGGGCAUGAAGUUCCUGGUGGACCUGAGAGCCGACAUCAUAGCGAGCAUGACGUCCAAGCUGGCCGACGGUCCUCAUAUCAGGGUGAGCCCCCCCCAAAAUAUGUAUUGGUUGCUUUGGAAAGUAUAA